GUGUGUGAUUGGAAUCCAAUAGAUGAUGCUAUUGUUAAGAGGUGUGUAUCCACUCUUAAAAUAUUUCUUAAUUCUGCUAUAUAUAUGGGUAUUGAAACUAUAAAUAUAGAAUCAAAACUAUCUGUUAAUGAACUUCUGGAUCGUUCAACUGGAACAGUAAUAGCUGAAAUUGAAGAGUUAAUAGAUAAUUCUAAAGAUGAUAAUUCACAUCUCAAUUCAAAGUUUGUUUUGCCUGAGGAUAUUAAAAAUAAAAUAAACAGUUCACCACCUCCCAAGGAUUCACAACUUUUACUAUAUAAAAACGAUUCUGACCUGGUUGAUAUAUCACAAAACUUAAUUGAAUUUUUUCAAAAUAUAUUAUGA